CUUUAUUGUUUUACUUUAAUUUAUUUAUAAAAAAAAUAAUGACAACCCAAAAGAAGCUGUGAAAUUGUCAGUUAUCUUACAUUUCCUUCUUCUUCCUCCUCUUCUCCAUACUUAUUACACUACCAACAACAACAAUCUCUUUCUCUCUCUAAAAACUUCUCCAUUUUCUCUCACUAAAAAAACCCACCUUUUCACGCUCUGAAAAAACCCACCAUUUUCUCUCUCUACUGUAAUCAUGCCACCAAAGAAGCGUAGAAGUGAAGUUGACGACCUCGCAGGAGAAGUGCCUCCCACCGUCGAAGUUCCGUCGCAAAGAAGGGUGACUCGGAGUUUGACUCGGAGUGACGCGGUCCCACCAUCUCAGGUGGCUUCCAAGAGGAAAGGGAAGAAGCCCAAAACGACGGCUGAAGUGCCCAAAACGAUGGCUGAAGAGGAGAAGAAGGAUGAGACUGAUGAUACUGAGGAAGAAGAAGCUGUUGUUGAUGAUGGUGAUGCUGGUGCUUCUGGGUCUGGUUCUGCUGCUACUACUAUCAUCAUUGAGCAUUGUAAGCAAUGCGGAUCAUUCUCAAGCAGGGCUACACAAGUGCAAAGAGGCUUAAUGAAGGAUUUACCUGGUACCAGAGUGCUGGUUAACCCUGAGGCGCCAAGGAAAGGAUGUUUUGAGAUUCGGGCGGAGGGUGAGAAUGAACAGACAUUUGUCAGUCUUCUGGAUAUGAAGAGGCCAUUUAAACCAAUGAAGGAUCUAAACAUGAAGGAAGUCAUUGCAGACAUCAUCAAGAAGAUUCAGGGUUGAAGGUUGGUGUGAACCUGUGCUAAGCUGAGAUAGCUUCAUUCUUUUGUGGUAUCUGAGAACAUUUGCUAAAAUGUCAGCAAUGAACUAGACCAUUCUAGUAGUAUUUCGUAAACCUAGAAACUAGUAUAUUACAAUUGAUGUAACAGGGUUAGUACUCUUGGUGAACUUAUAUUUCGUUUCAAAACUGUACACAGGUGCUAGCGUGAUUAUUGAUUAGUCACUUUGAUCAGAGCUUAAACUCAACUUAUCUGAUCUGAUGAUUCUGAUCAUCACAUUUCUGCUAUGGAAAUUAUUGUAGCUAGCUGGUUUUCUCUACACAGGCUCUACUUAUGGUUUUAUUUUGAUGUGAAAGAUUUUUACGAGACUUUGAUCCUGCA